AUGAAGGUCAAGGUCAAGUCGUGGAAUGCUGUGGCCUACUGGUUGUGGGACGUCAAGGAUCCAGACGACAUCUGCGGUAUCUGCCAGAGCAACUUUGAUGGCUGCUGUGCAAGCUGCAAGGAGCCCGGCGACAGUUGUCCGCUACUAUUCGGCAAGUGCAGCCACGAGUUCCAUCUGCACUGCAUCAUGAAGUGGCUGCAGGACAACGACGGCUGUCCGUCGUGUCGUCGUCCGUGGGAGGAAGUAGAAGGCACCACCAUCGGAACAGCCGCCAACCAUGCAGCCACAGCAGCCACGUCGUGA